UCUAAUUUCCUUGUCGUUUUUUUUUUUUGGUGCUUCGAUUUCUCCAUCGAUCACUUGGAGGGAGGUUCUAGGCUUGGCCAGCGUCCUCCGAUGAAGACUUCAUAGAAUGGCGCAACAGAGCGGUGAAGAUGAGAAGAAGAAGAAGAUUUAUACAGAUCCAGAGCUAUUCUGCUGCGUUUUUCAGCCCGUGACCUCUGACGCUGAUGCUCAGUACAUCGGCAUUCGGCGCCUUCUUCUUCACCGGAAGGCUGUGGCCGGCGUUGUCCGCCGUAUAGACUGGAGAAGCAACCAGAAAGGUUAUGUGGCCUACCGUAAUUACAUAUCUAGGCCAAGGGAUUGGGAAAGUUCACAAGCCCCUAGCCUCCAAGCCACUCCUGGAAACAGUGGCCGCUGGAUUCUACCUCCUAGUCCACACUCCCGUUGGUCUGAGGUGGACAGCUUAAGUUCUGUUCGGGAUCUACAAAGUGCCAAUCCACUAUCUAGUCACAGAACAAGUUUUGGCUCAAGUUUAGGUGAUAAUGAUCGUCCACGUCAGAGAGGUGUUGAGCCUGCCUAUUCUUUUGUAGGAAUGCAUUGCGUCUUUGAUCAAAGCAAAGCCUCUGUUACCGUUUUGAAGUUUGGGCACAUGAGAUCUGAUCUUCUUGCUUAUGGGGCAUCAGAUGGUACCUUGACCGUAUGCACUGUCUCUGAGGAACCCUCAAUCCUCAAACAAUUACAUGGUCAUUCCAAAGAUGUUACAGAUUUUGAUUUUUCAUCAAACAAUCAGUAUAUUGCAUCAUCUUCAUUGGAUAAAACUGUAAGAGUAUGGGAGAUAGCUAAAGGAAUUUGCAUACGGGUGAUAUAUGGAGUUUCUUCUCAAUUGUGUAUUCGUUUUCAUCCUGUAAAUAACAACUUUCUUUCAGUUGGCAAUGCAAACAAAGAAAUCAAUGUGUUCAAUUUCAGUACGGGAAGGAUAAUUAAUAAAACAGUAUUGGACAGUGAAGUUACCUCCAUGGACCAUGAUCAUACAGGAAAUCUGAUAUUUUGUGGGGAUGGACAGGGCUGCGUAUACUCAGUAACUAUGAACUCCCACACUGGGGUCUUAUCCCGAUCUCAUCGUCAUCGGAGUGGCACUUGGCACAAAUCGCCCGUCACGACCGUGCAGUAUAGAAGUUUCUCUCUUCUGGCUGGAGGACCAGUGUUGCUUGCAUGUGCUCAGGACGGAAAU